AUGAGCCUCACGCCGACGCUCAUUCCACACGGCGCCCCGCACCCGCUGCCGAUUCCGCCACUCCAACAGCAGCAGUCGCAGCAGGGUGGCGCGCCACUCUUCUACCAAACGCCGCUUGAGCAGCCGCUAGGGUACCCAGUGGCGGCGAUCCCCGCGCAGCAGGGAUACAUGUCGCUGCCCUCACCGUUCGUGCCGUCAUCAGCGAUGAUGGGGAUGCCGGUGUACUUCGCCGUCCCGCAGUCCUCCGGGCUGCCGGGGGGCGUGCCGCAGCAGUUCGUCGUGCCAUCCAACCUGAUGGCGUCGGGCAGCUACCCGCAGCAGCUAUACUCCUCGCUCGUCUUCUCGCCUUAA